AUGUUCCUGGCCGCUUCCUUUACCCGUCGUACUGCUAUUUAUACCAUUCGUCGUGUACGUCGCUUCUCGUCUUCUCUCGGCUUUUUUCCGGGCACGGAGAUGCCAUUUGUAGCCGAUGUGGUGUUCCGAGACCCCAAGGAGAAUGACAUUCUCCCGUGUUUUCGCAUUCUUAAUGAAGAUGGCGACGUCGUGGACGGGGCAAAGGAUCCACAACUCAGUCGAGAUUUAUGCACGCAAAUUUACAGUCAAAUGAUCCGCUUGAACACAAUGGACAAUAUUUUCUACGAUGCACAGCGUCAAGGACGUAUUUCAUUCUACAUGACAUCACAUGGCGAGGAAUCCAUUUCAUUUGGUAGUGCAUCAGCGCUGCAUCUUCGUGAUAUGGUGUUUGCACAAUACCGUGAGCCUGGUGUACUCAUGUGGCGUGGAUUUACACUCCAGGAAUUUGCUGAUCAGUGUUUUAGCAACAAGGAUGGACAUGGUAAAGGUCGUCAAAUGCCAGUGCACUACGGCUCCAAGAACCUUAACCACCAAACGAUCUCAUCACCUUUGGCCACGCAGAUUCCUCAGGCUGCUGGAGCUGCUUAUGCGUUCAAAUUGGCAAAGGAAGACCGCAUUGCAGUCUGCUACUUUGGUGAGGGUGCUGCUAGCGAAGGUGACUUUCACGCUGCGUUAAACAUUGCAUCGACGAAGGACUGCCCGAUUCUGUUUUUUGUCCGGAACAAUGGUUUUGCUAUCAGUACAUCAACUGCCGAGCAGUUUCGUGGGGAUGGUAUCGCGUCUCGAGGUAGUGGAUAUGGAAUACCCGUCAUGCGCGUUGAUGGCAAUGAUGUUUUGGCGGUACACGAAGUCACUCGCCGUGCUCGCGAGUUUAUUUUGAAAGAGAACCGACCCGUGCUCAUUGAGGCGAUGUCCUACCGGCAGGGCCACCACUCAACUUCGGAUGACUCGACGCAGUACCGUCCUGUGGCAGAAAUCAAGCAUUGGAAGGAGACCUGCGACCCAAUUGACCGAACUAAGCGCUACAUGAUGAAUCGCGGAUGGCUCACAGAGGAACAGGAUCGUCUUAUGCAAGAUAAUGAGCGAACAAAUGUCCUUACUGCAUUACAAAAAGCUGAAACGAAGGGCCCACCUCCUCUGGAGACAAUGUUCGACGAUGUGUAUGACGUUAAGACGCCGCAUCUUCUCGAACAAGAGCGUGAGAUGUUAGAACAUGUUGCAAAGUAUCCUGAUUACUAUCCUCAGGAGCACUAG